AUGGCGUCCGUGACGACGGCGCCAUUUUAUUUGAGAGGGCGGGGCUUGUUAGAAUUAUGAGUAAUUCUGCAAGUGAAGGGAAGACAGAUGAAAAGGAGAGGAAUAAAGGUGGUAGAGGUCGGAGAGAGGAGGACAAGCGUCCAUAUCAUCUCUCAGCUAAGGGCCAACAAAAGUACCAACUAGAGAAAUUAAUGGCUGACCCAGAAAAACCAGUAGAAGUACCAGACAUGAAGCCUGAUUGGAAGCCACCUGAGCCUCCAGAAUUCAAAAGAUUUUAUAUGGGGUCAAGUGCUGGUGCUGGUAGUGAAGUGUUUCACGUUUAUCGUCACUUGAGACGCUACGAGUCAAUAAGACAGGACUGGAUCAGAGAGACAGCAGAAAAGGAAGACAAAGAUGCUGAAUUUCAAAUGAGACUGGCAGAGAAGAGGGCAGCUGCUGAACAAAAAACAGCAAAAAAGAGAGCAAAAAGAUUAAAGAAAAAGCAAUUGAAAGAGAAAAAGAUUUUAUUAGAUAAGAAGACAGAAAAACUCCCUGUAGGAGGAGACAUUGAGGAACAAGCUAAGAGAGAUGAGAGUGAGAAUGAUGAUGAUGAUGAUGAUGAUGAUGAUGCUUAUGAGAAUCCUUUUGUUAUUGGAGGAAAAUAAAAUGAUGAGUAACAACUUGAUUGCAA